AUGUCAUCAAUGUCCAAAAUCAUGUUGUCACCAAUAUCAACUUGUCGCAUGCUUAGAAGGCUGACGGCGGAGUAUCAACAAGUUCGCAUAUCAUAUUAUAUAUUUGACAAAGCAGCCAUUCGAUGGUGGAGGGAUGUAAAUUCGGCCUCUUUAGGAAAUUUAAAGAAUAAUGUCGAGGAAGCUUCUCAGCGACAAUUACGCGAUAACAAGAGCAUGGCCUUCCUGAAUGGCAUUCAAACAAUGAUCUCCUUGUUGGAUUGGAAACUGGAAGGAGAAAAGCAUGCUCAAAUUCAAGACGAAACGAUAUGUUCCUACCUUUCGUCAAAACGUGCAGGGAAUCGAAACCAAUUGUUGGAUGUCGGGAUAUCGACUGCACGUUUUUCAAUUUCCUCCAAUUAUCUUCUCGCAAUAAUCAAAAACACUGAAAUGAAAGGUAUACAUAAGGCGCACGAGGUCAUUUCUAAACGAAUCACUAAGAUGAUUGAAUUUCGCAUGAAUCUAGUGUGUGUUCUCGGUGACGAGAAGUUUGAAGCAUCUCGCUCAAAGUUAGAAUUGACGUUCGGCGAGUGA